AUGGACGACUUCAACUUGCAGGCCGUGAAAGACUUCAACUUCGCCAUGGCUUCUGAUACCGAGACUGGCUAUGCAACCACUGAUACGGAGCCCUUCACAGAUGACCAGUUUGAUCAGUUUGGCCAGCUCCCUGCUGACAACUUCUUCCAACCUCAACCAGCCCCGACGAUGCCUUCUGCUCCGCCUCCUGGUGAUGUCCCCGCUCAAAACUACCACCCUGACUUAGGCUGGUGGAAUCCAGCAGGCCCAUACGCCCCCGGAGCACACUACAAUGCAGCUCUUGGUUGGCACUUCCCCAUCAGCCCACCUAGAUUCCCAACAGCCCCGGCAUCAGCAUUCGGCACUGCCAUCCUCUCUGGUUAUGGCACUCCUCAGGAGAUGCAACCUGCACUCCCGAAGUUGUCUGCACCAUUCAACCCCCCACAGCAGUUCCCGCCUCCAGCACCAAUGUUCACUCAGGGCCCUCAGCAUGUUCCAUCCCUUGGUGUACCUCAGCCUCCUGCGCGCACGCAAUCCACUCGUUCGUCGCAGACGCCUCGUGCGCAGACUCCCCACAAGCAGCCAGCUCGCGCUCCAAGCACGACACCAAAGCGCAAGGCUCAGCUCAGCCACAGAGGCGUCGGCCGCAACAACAAGAAGUUGAGUCUCGACCGAGCCUGCACGUGCAAGCCUCGCCCAAAGCGAAUUGGCCGUCCACCCAAUGCCUUCAUCCUCUAUCGCAAGCAGACUAGAAUGCAAGUCACGAGAGAUCUCAACACCCAAGACAACUCUCUGAUCUCCAUUGAGGUCGGCAAGCGAUGGCACGCUCUCGGUGUCGAUGGCCAAGCGCCAUACCGUGAGCAGGCCGCUGAGGCCAAGCGCCAGCAUGAGCUCGCCCACCCAGGCUACCACUACGCUCCCAAUGAGCGCGCCAUCCAUGACUUUGGUGAUGAGGCCUGUACCUGUGGUGCUUACCAGGCCAAUGUCAAAUACCGCGCCAUGAGAGAUGCUCAGCUCCGCAAGCCAGGCCAAGCCAUCGCAACUGGUCCCCAAGGCCCGGUCUACGCCGCCUCUGAGUCUGAUCUCUACGCCGAGCCAGAGGAGCUUGAUGACUUCGACUCUGACGCCUUCUCCGCUGACCUGCCCACUCGCUCCAAGUCUUCCAACAAGCGCAAGCGAGCCCCUGAGUCCAUGGAUGUCGACACGCCUGUCUCCAAGCGUCCAACACGCGGGACCAAGAAGGGCAAGUCCUACGCAGAGCCCUCCGACACCGAGACCGACGUCGUCGCCCAGCCCUCAUCCUCCCGCAAGCCCUCCUCUCGCACUCGCCCCACAGCCAUCUCGACCUCCCGCAACGCCAGCACCGCGAACCGCCAAGCCCCGCUCGACAUGGCGGAUGCCUUUGCCGAGUACGAGUUCACGGACUUCCUCGACACCACGGACGACUUCGCCGGCGGCUUCAACUACGGCGACAUCGUCGACUUCUCACCGACGCCGUCCAGGAGAACUUCCAGCCGGAAGUCCUCCGGCAAGACCAAGAAGGCGUCGACGGGUUCCAAGGGCAGUCCUACUCGCCGCAGUGCUAGGAUCGCCACGCUGGAGUAA